GGAUAAUAAAGGUACAUAUUGAACAGGCUUUGUAACCUACAUGUUUACUGCAUUGAGAUAUGUGUUGCUGGGAACUUGAGCUGAAGAAUGUGAAGCUGAGAGCUGGAGACCAGUUGAAAGUGGAGGGGAGGAUUCUGCAUGAGGCGAAGGGGUUCCAGAUAGAACUGGGCUGUGACGAAGAUCACCUGGCACUGCACUUCAACCCACGUUUUAAGGAUGACACUGACGGCGCUGUGCUUGUGUGCAACUCAAAGAUUGACGGCUGCUGGGGUCAUGAGGAGAGAGAGAAAUACAGUGACCUCCAAAGGGGUUCUACUGUCAAGAUUGUCCUGAAGCUGACCGGAGAUGUGUUUGAAGUGGAGAUGCCUAAUGGACAUGUGAUCAAGUUCCCCAACCGUCACGUCCUGGAAGUCAUUACCUACGUUCGUAUCAGAGGGGACUUGAAGCUCACCGCCUUUAAGAUCUACUAAAGAGACCCAUAACAUCCACCUUGUGUAGCCUGGCAAUUUGUUUCGUAGGUCUUCCAACUUCCGGUGCAUUCUGGCCCAAUGACACACAAGCAAGUGGGCGGAGCUACAUAUAGUGUUAGACCAAUGGGUAGUAAGACAGGAUCAAUGGCCUGUAUCAAAUACUAAAUGGAAAUAUGGGGUGACCAUGGUACGUUUUGUUGUAAGAAUAUUCUGACAUACACUAAACACAAGGGACAACUGGGGAUGAGGUUAGGAUACUGUCAACUAAUUACAUUCCUUUACAAAUACAGACGUGUUACACACACACACAUCUUGGCCGGAUGAAAUAUCAGUCAAUGUUUUACUUGUUUUGGUGAGAAAGAGCAAACUAAAUGUUUUAGUAAUCACUUCAAAGAAUGUAUUCUGAUACUGUAGUAACCCAAAUGAUUACAUUAUUACUGACCUAAUCUCUCAUGUUCUGAUACUGUAGUAACCCAAAUGAUUACAUUAUUACGGACCUAAUCUCUCAUGUUCUGAUACUGUAGUAACCCAAAUGAUUACAUUAUUACUGACCUAAUCUCUCAUGUUCUGAUACUGUAGUAGACCAAAUGAUUACAUUAUGACUGACCUAAUCUCUCAUGUUCUGAUACUGUAGUGACCCAAAUGAUUACAUUAUGACUGACCUAAUCUCUCAUGUUCUGAUACUGUAGUAGACCAAAUGAUUACAUUAUUACUGACCUAAUCUCUCAUGUUCUGAUACUGUAGUAACCCAAAUGAUUACAUUAUGACUGACCUAUUCUCUCAUGUUCUGAUACUGUAGUAGACCAAAUGAUUACAUUAUUACUGACCUAAUCUCUCAUGUUCUGAUACUGUAGUAACCCAAAUGAUUACAUUAUGACUGACCUAAUCUCUCAUGUUCUGAUACUGUAGUGACCCAAAUGAUUACAUUAUGACUGACCUAAUCUCUCAUGUUCUGAUACUGUAGUAGACCAAAUGAUUACAUUAUUACUGACCUAAUCUCUCAUGUUCUGAUACUGUAGUAGACCAAAUGAUUACAUUAUUACUGACCUAAUCUCUCAUGUUCUGAUACUGUAGUAACCCAAAUGAUUACAUUAUUACUGACCUAAUCUCUCAUGUUCUGAUACUGUAGUAACCCAAAUGAUUACAUUAUUACUGACCUAAUCUCUCAUGUUCUGAUACUGUAGUAACCCAAAUGAUUACAUUAUUACUGACCUAAUCUCUCAUGUUCUGAUACUGUAGUAGACCAAAUGAUUACAUUAUGACUGACCUAAUCUCUCAUGUUCUGAUACUGUAGUGACCCAAAUGAUUACAUUAUGACUGACCUAAUCUCUCAUGUUCUGAUACUGUAGUAGACCAAAUGAUUACAUUAUUACUGACCUAAUCUCUCAUGUUCUGAUACUGUAGUAGACCAAAUGAUUACAUUAUGACUGACCGUGUCUCUCGUCGACAGAUUGCGUCAACAAUUACUGAGCAGAAAAUAGAAUAGCCAUUGACUCCAUGGCAAAAAAAAUGUAUGAUGAUUUGAAAAUGUUAUUUUCUGUAUACAUUUAAUGAAGCAAAACAUAAUGGAUACAUGUCAUGUCAUCAAUAAAGUUCAGCAUCAUUAA